AUGGAGGAGACAAAUUUCACUGAAGUAAGAGAGUUCAUCCUUUUGGGGUUCACAGCCGAUGAGGGGUUGCAGCUAGUGCUCUUUUUCAUCUUCCUCACCAUCUAUAUCAUCAGUCUCCUAGGAAACCUCUUACUGAUGUCUCUGAUCUGUUCGGAUUCCCGGCUCCACACACCCAUGUAUUUCUUCAUUGGAAACCUGUCAUUCCUAGACCUCUGGUAUUCAUCUGUCUACGCCCCCAAAAUCCUGAUGACUUGUGUUUCUGAAGACAAAAGCAUCUCCUUCGCUGGCUGUCUGGCUCAGUUCUUCUUCUCUGCCGGCUUGGCCUACAGCGAAUGUUACCUGUUGGCAGCCAUGGCCUACGACCGCUAUGUGGCCAUCUCCAACCCCCUGCUUUAUUCCCAGGCUAUGUCCUCAAAGUUAUGUGCGGGUCUUGUAGCAGCUUCCUACCUUGGGGGCUUUGUAAAUUCGACUCUCAUCACUGGCGAGACAUUCACCCUGAGCUUCUGUGGCAGCAAUAUCAUUGAUGAUUUCUUCUGUGAUCUGCCCCCGCUCGUGAAGCUGGCCUGUGACGUGAAGGCCAGCUACCAGGCCAUACUCUAUUUCAUCCUGGCCUCCAAUGUCAUCACACCCACGGUAUUUAUCCUGGCCUCCUACCUGUUCAUCAUCGUCGCCAUUCUGAGGAUCCGAUCCAGGCAGGGUCGCCUCAAGGCCUUCUCCACCUGUGGCUCUCACCUGACGGCUGUCACCCUGUACUACGGCUCCAUUCUCUUCAUCUACUCUCGGCCCAGCACCAGUUACACCCUGGAACGGGACAAAGUGGUGUCCGUGUUCUACACCGUCGUGAUCCCCAUGUUGAAUCCGCUGAUCUACAGCUUGAGGAAUAAAGAUGUGAAGGAGGCCUUCAGGAAAACGUUAGAGAGAAUUCAAAAGAAAACAGAUUUAUUAAAAAUGCCCCUUGAUACCUUAUAA